CCACCUUACUCUCUUUCUUUCUCAUAUUAACUUUUCUGUCUCUCAUUCUUCGCCACCCCAACGCUCUCGCUCUCUCUUUUUCCUUUUUUUUUUUUUUUGGUCUAUUCAUAUUAUCUCUGCGUAUUUCAGUAUCUGUUUGGACGAGGUGGAGCGUUUGUUUCUUUAUAGACGAUGAUGAAGGACGAGUGGGUGAGGGCGGCGAUGACGGACGACAGUGUUGUUGUGGAGCUGUUGAUGAGGUUGAAACAGACGCAAGCGUUUCCGAUGACGACGUCAGUGGCGAAAUCCGCGAUGGCGGCGGCUCUUAGGUGGGGGAUACGACAGCCGAGGUCAAGGUCUAUAAGAUGCGAUAGGGUAAAAGAAGGAGAUUCGACGAAGAGCAUAAGAGCCAGUCCUACUACUCCGCUCUCAUGGAGUGGCGACGACGGCGGCGGCGAUGCCUCUCCCUCCGCCACCGUUGACGCCUUCGAAGAAUCAAGCCGCCACCAAUCCUUUGGUACCAGAUCCAAGGGCACUGCUACAAAUGAAACGACUAGCAAUCCAACUAAGAGAUCAAGAAGAAAAAAGACAUUUGCUGAACUUAAAGAGGAAGAGAGUUUGCUCUUGAAAGAAAGGAUACAUUUGAAAAAGGAGAUAGACACUGUACGAGCUCUUUUUAAGGAGCAAAGUGCUAAAAAAGAGAAAUUGAACAGAAUGAAGCUGAAUUUGGGAUUACACUCUGCAUUUGAGCUUGAUAAAGCUGGUUCUACUCUGGUCCACAAGAGAGUAGCCUCUUCUCAUGAUCAAAUUCCUUCAAUCUCACCAUCAGAAUCCAUAAUCGUUGCAUCAUUGGGGCCCAGUGAGACGCAGAAGGCUGUACCUGAGCAUAAUAGCCUGUCCGUUUUACCUGAUCUAAAUAUGAUGCCAUCCGAUGAUGAUUCUGGCUCUGAGACUUUAUAUGGGAUGAGUUAAGGAAACUUGUCCAUUGUGUUUCUUUUCACCACGAAAGGUAAUUGCUUUGAAAUCAUAUCCUUGGCCGCUUACUUGCCGAAAGAAAUGAUCUUUUCAGGCCAAAGAGCUGGUCACAUAUGUAAAGUAUUUAAACUUCCAGGAAAAUGCCGCGAAUACAAGUCUUGCCUGUUCUGCAAUUGCAACGUAUUGCAAGGUCAAACAAAUUGGUGAGUCAUGUUGUUGCAGGUCCCAGAUUCUUCCGAAAUUCUUUGGGGUAAGCCCUCGUUACUUCUUGUUUCAGGAUUAUGUAGAAAUAACCGUGUCUAUCUUUUUAGUUGUAGGUAAACAGCUGUUGGACAGAUCUCUGAUCAAGCUUCUUAAAACUAAAUUGACAAUUUUGUUCUUCCA